AUGGAACGUGUGUUGAAAGACCUCGCCAAUGAGGCUUCUAUUCCCAAGUUUUAUACAAUCAAGAAAGCUUGUCUUGAUGCCUUAGAUUUUCUCCUAAGUCCCAAUGCCAAAGAGGUGCCUGCCUACCAGCUCAGGAAUAGAUGUUUGGAACCAUUCCAAAUGGCAUUGGAAACACGGACAAAAAGACUUAGCAACAUGGCCAUCAAAGGGAUUGAGAUGAUUCUCCAAGAUAAUCAAUUCCAGUCUACCAUGGAAAGUGAAAGUGAAGAAAAACGGCUUCCUUUUCAAAUAUUGAGGACAAUUUAUACUUCACCAAAUUUGCAGGAAGAUGCACAGAUAGAAAUUAUCAAGUUGCUUUUAAACAUGUCUUUAUCAUCUGCUUGGUGUGUUAAUUCUAAAGUGAUUGCUGAAAUCUCACAGAAUGUAGAAAAAUUCCUUUCUUCCUUUCUUCCUUUCUUCCUUUCUUCCUUUCUACCUUUCUUCCUUUCUUCCUUUCCUUCCUUUCUACCUUUCCUUCCUUUCUACCUUUCCUUCCUUUCUACCUUUCCUUCCUUUCUACCUUUCCUUCCUUUCUACCUUUCCUUCCUUUCUACCUUUCCUUCCUUUCUACCUUUCUUCCUUUCCUUCCUUCCUUCCUUCCAAUUAUUUUUCUUUUUUUAUCUAUCUUAA